AUGACCAUGAACGACCUCCACCUCCACCACCCCCAGAAGAAGACACUGAGAGUGGCAACAUUGGCCGAGAAGAAGGCUAUUCAAGACGAAUGUCAACUGCCUCUGGUCAGCCUCUUCUUGCUUCAGAAGGUGCUUCUCGACAAGUGUCUGCUCCUGACCAACCUGGUGUCGACUUAUGGCUCCUACAUGGAAGUGGAUUUAGACUUCAGCAGCAAUCGCAAGCUGAAGAACUUCUUGCGGUCCCCUGCAGCAUUUCUGGCAGAAGCUGUUCGCAAGUGCCUCAACCAUGAAGAGGAACAAAAAGCCAAGGCCAGUGGCCGCAUUCUUGGCUGUCGCUGGGUUCUCACGUGGAAAACCACCCCACCUGAAGAUCUGGAAGACGCUGCAAGAGAAGCGAUAGAGAAGAGUGAGACAACCGUCUUGACCGCCGAUGGCAAAGCUCGCGUCGUGCUCCUGGGAUAUCAACAUCCUGACAUUGCUGAGCCCGAGUACCGGUCUAGUGUCAAACGCAGGAGUCUUCGCCUGUGGAUGACUGGCGUCAAAGAGCUGCGUGAAGGUUUGCAGGUCAGUGAUGGUGGUUUGCUUCGCAUCCUCAAGGACUUCUAUGGCAGCACCACGGGUGGGAGAGAGCCUCGCAACGAUGGAGAUCGACAUCGUGUGAUUGGCUACAUCUCAGGCCAUGUGGAUGAUUUCAAUGGAGACACCUCAUACCCUCGCUGGCUUCAGGUGAAAGACCAGAUCAACAAGGCGUAUGGUUGGGGCACCGUCAAGAGUGGAAGCUACAGGCACGUUGGCGCCGACAUUGUGGAAACACACAAUUCCAAAGACGGCCGCUAUUUGGAGAUCAAUCAGGACUUCUAUACAGAGACCCUGGCCGCCCUGGCCGACUUGGACAUUGAUGCCAAGAUGUGGCAUUGA